AUGUAUGAAACAUUGUUGCAAGGAAGUAGCUCAAGCUCGAACCAAAACAACAAUACCAUGGGUGAAUGCCACGUGUCGAACCCUAGCGGAGAUAUGUUCCAAGAAUGGGCCCAGGCCUAUAAUUCUACUGCGGGCCCAAAUCCCUCGGCCUUGUUUCCCCCUAUGCAGCAUCAGCAUGGACUGGUGGGUCCCAAUAUGGAGGAAAGUGCACAAGCAGACCACGAAGUCUCCGACUAUGAUAUUAGAAUGCCUCAGCUUAGUAGCCAAUAA